UUCAAUUCCAACCACAAAUGACCGUUUAUUUAUAUGCAAACCCAUUUUCAUUCCCUCAAUUAGCUUGGAACUUGAACAUUUCCCCACCCAAAAAACUUUUUGAAGUGGGGAAUACUGCAAGAUCUUUUAAUGUUUCUUCACAAUCUGUCACUCACUUCAGCUUCGAAAUAUGUACCCUUCUCUUUUUACCUCCUUCUCCUCUGUUCUGUUUCAUCUUCUUCAAUGGAUUCUCUUAAUUUCCUCCUCCAAUUUCUUUCUAGUUUCCUCUUAAUUUCCCCAUUUUAAUCCAAACCCACUUCUCCAUUUGUCCGGAUAUGGCGAAUUGGAGUGGAAUUGGGAAUCUUACAAUCGCACAACUUGAUCUUGAAAAAACAGAGCAAGAACAUAAGAAUGAAGAUGGGGAUGGAAUUAAAGCCAAGCGGCGGCCACGAGGGCGGCCACCGGGUUCAAGAAACAAGCCGAAGCCGCCCAUUGUCAUUAACAAACACACUCCCAACGCUCUUCAAACCCACAUUUUCGAAAUCACCGCCGCCGCCGACAUUACCCACUCCAUUUCCACCUUCGUCCACCGCCAUCACCGUGGGGUUUCCAUUCUCAGCGCCACCGGCCUCGUCGCUGACGUCACUCUCCGUCAACCCCCCGGCGUCAUUACCCUCCACGAACGCUUCGAGAUCUUGUCUCUCUCUGGCUCUUUCCUUCCCACGCCCUCUCCCCACGGGGCUACUGGCUUGACAGUCUAUCUCGCCGGCGGCCAAGGCCGGGUUGUCGGAGGCCUCGUCGCUGGUCCCCUCAUCGCCGCCGGCCCUGUCAUAGUAGUUGCAGCUUCGUUUACCAAUGCUGUGUAUGAAAAAUUGGCGAUUGAAGAAGAUGAAGAGAAUUCAAAGGAGGAGAAGCAAUUGGAAGAUAAAAUUGAUGGAAAUAAUUCAGUGGGAGAAUCAUCAUCAGUAGCAGCAGCAGCAAGUUCUUUGGCAGUUUAUAAUUUGAUUCCUAAUACUCAAAUUUCACAAGAAAUGUUUUGGGCUCCUCUUUCUCGUCCUCCUCCAUCUUAUAAUUAA